AUGUCCAACGCCAUCCAGUCCAUCACCUCGGCCCUCCCCAGCCUCGGCAAGGCCCGCCUCCUCAUCAACUCGGCCGACGACGUCGUCAUCGUCGCCGCUGUCCGCUCGCCUCUGACCCGCGCCAAGAAGGGCGGUCUCAAGGACACCCUCCAGGACGACCUCCUCAAGGCCGUCUUCCAGGAGGUUGUCAAGCGCGGCAAGGUCGACCCCUCGCUCAUCGGUGACGUUGUUGUCGGUAACGUCCUCCCCCCCGGCGGUGGUGCCACCGUCUCGCGUAUGGCUCAGCUCGCUGCUGGCAUCCCCCACUCCGUCCCCCUCGUUACCCUCAACCGCCAGUGCUCGUCGGGUCUCCAGGCCGUCAACAACAUUGCCAACGCCAUCAAGGCCGGUGACAUUGACAUUGGUAUCGGCGCCGGUGUCGAGUCGAUGACCUCGAACUACGGUGGCGGUGUCAUGCCCGCCGCCUUUUCGGACGACGUCCUCUCCAACAAGGAGGCCGCCGACUGCCUGAUCCCCAUGGGUAUCACCUCGGAGAACGUUGCCAAGCAGUACGGCAUCAGCCGUGACGAGCAGGACGACUUUGCCGCUGCCUCGUACGCCAAGGCCGUCGCCGCCCAGAAGGCCGGUCUGUUCAAGGACGAGACCGUCCCGAUGAAGGUCAAGUGGAUCGACCCCAAGACCGAGGAGACCAAGGAGAUCAUUGUCGACUCGGACGAUGGAAUCCGCCCCACCAGCCGCGAGCAGCUCGGCAAGCUCAGGCCCGCCUUUGCCAAGGACGGCUCGACCCACGCCGGUAACGCCUCGCAGGUCACCGACGGUGCCGCCGCCGUCCUCCUCGCCCGCCGCUCCACUGCCCAGAAGCUCGGCCUCCCCAUCCUCGGCAAGUACGUCGCCUUUGCCGCCGUCGGUGUCCCCCCCAACGUCAUGGGUAUCGGACCCGCCUUUGCCAUCCCCGCCGUCCUCGCCAAGGCCGGCAUCACCAAGGACGACGUCGACUUCUGGGAGAUCAACGAGGCCUUUGCCUCGCAGGCCGUCAUGUCCAUCAAGACCGUCGGCAUCCCCUUCGAGAACGUCAACCUCAACGGUGGCGCCAUCGCUUUCGGCCACCCCCUCGGCGCGACCGGUGCUCGCCAGAUCGCCACCGCCUUGUCCAUCGCCAAGCAGACCGGAAAGAAGGUCUUCGUCACCUCGAUGUGUAUCGGUACCGUUCAGCAUACUGAGUAUGAACCCACUCUCGAUGUCAGUUGGUCGAAUGUUGGAUUGGGUGUGAGGAUCGCUUUGGCGCCCCCAAGUGGCGGCUAG